AUGCCCCCGAUGAUAUCUGACACCCCAAAGUGCAGGACAUUCCGCCAUCAGCUACCAAUCCAUCCCGUCUCAUCACCAGGGCCCUCCCGAGUGCGAGACUUGCCACGAGGGAAAGAAAGAGAUUGGUUGAAGAAGGAUGUUACUAGUAAAUAUUCUAGGAGAUAUUUAUCUGGGCAACAAUCACCUACGCCCACACCAGCUCCAAGAAGGCAGUUAUCCUCGCCUUUCGCUUUCAGGGAUAUUGAAAGACAGAGAGAGGAUACGUCUUCGUUUGAGACUGCACAUGAAAAGCCAGAGGCUAGAGAUGACGUCAACAACCACCUUCGCAAUACUCGAAAGUCACGUAAAGCCGACCGAGAAGACACUCAUCCGCCCAAAACAAGGAAAAGAAGAGCAGGAUUCGAAAAAGAAGCCGCGGAAGAGUCUGAGAGAGAGGCUGAUUUGUCGAAGCGUAGCGUGCUAUCGUCGAGUCAAGAAAAGCAGCACAGGAAGAGGCAAGAGCCUGAGCGAGCAGCAAAAGGGAAGCGCAAAUGGCGAGGGGAACGUCAGAAAGCCGCUGAGGCGAAAAAUGACAUUGCACGAAAGAUCGCUGAGCUCAUCGGAGAGGAUGAUACUAAGAGCAAGGACGAAGCCAGAAGUACUCCACGCCGGAAGGACAAAAGAUUACGCAACAUAGAUCCUGCGCUCCUACCGAGCAAAGCAAAUCCACCUUUACUCGAAGAGAUGCAUUACGAGUACCAAGUACCCACGAAGAUAGCGACGGAGGAAUAUCCACACGCUAUACCAAUGAAUCCUCCCGAACCAAUUGGCAUAUCAUCUCGUGCCACAAAUUCCGAAAGUCACCCUCCAGAGCAAGAAGUGCAAAAAGAAGAGAAACAGACCGAGCCAGAGAUUGCUCCUCAGGAGAAGCCCAACAACAAGCGGAAGAAGUCUAAAGCAAACUCUGGUGCUCGUAGGCUAACAUUUACACCCAACGGUGGGCCAAAAUUACGAUCUUCCCAUCGGUCUUCGGAUGCAAGACCGAAUCGCUCCGGCAGUGGGCCAGAGAGUCCAGUCCAAAGUGUUGAUGCCCCUGAGCUGGCUCAAACGCUUAUCAAAAAUGAUACAAGAUCCAACAAGACCUCUGCUAAGACCUCCCGGUCCUCACAGAAAAUGCUAUCGAAUGGCGAUCAGUCGAAGGAAUCGACUACUGUUCUCCCGGAAGCUCAAGUCCAAGAUCUACCACCAGCGCGUGUCCCCUUGGUUUCCACUUCCACCAACCUUCUCGAGACUGACGAGCAGCCAACAUGUGUCGAGAGUGUAGAAGAAGACUCCUAUGUGAAUUUGGCAACUCAAGCUGCAGUCAAUAAAGCCAUGCAAAGAUUCAAUGAUGUUGUCGCUGAUAUGGACACACCAUCACCAAAUAAGGCACGCAGAUCAGCCGUAUCUGAUAGGCUUCGAAACGAGGAGCUCUCCACUAAGAAGACUCCUGCAGUGGAGCCAAUUAGCACACAAGCCAUGCUAGACCAAAUGUCGCCCUUCACCAUCACAACAAUAAAAAAACGUUCGCCUAUGCUACGUGACCGAACUGCUUCCCAGAUUUCACCAAGCAAGCCCGCCGCCGCCCACUUCGCGAAUUCACAAGCAGGACAGACGACCUUACCAACUUACUCCCCCAACAUGUCAACCUCCCCCUCCCCGACCCCAACGCCAUCCCUAUCCCAAGCUCACCCCUCAACCUCCCCCUCAAAAUCCCCUCCAAGAUCUCCUCCAAAAUCCCAAAAAGGCAAGCAAAAAGCCCCUCCAACCCCCUCGACUAAACGGCGGAAAACCGCUCUCGAUUCCUCGCCGCCACCAGCACCACCACCAUUUCUAUCUCGCCAAAAGUCCUCAGUCCAAUCUCACGCUCAUCCAGAGCGUACCCCCAAAAGCACCCUCUCGGAACUGACGUCUUUCUCGAUAAAUCCAGACGGCACGCUGACGGAGAGAGGCUUGAUGGAUGGGCAGUAUCCGGAGGGACAGAUACUCGGGGCUCACGGAGACGGGGAGGGGGAGACAUAUGGAACGCUACCUUCACUGGACUUCAGCAAGCCCUUCGCUGGCAUCGCUUCUGGUGGUGUAAGAGCAGGUGGUGUGCUGGGAAAUGGCGUCACGCCUACCUCGACGGCCCCUUCUGUCGUCGUCGAUGAAGAGGGAGAAGUAGAUGGACUUGGGGAUGGGGAUUGGGGCACACCACACACCAAUGGCAGCCUGAACGCUGAUUUCUUGACCCCGACCACUAUCAAUAACCAAGACGGUGGUGGGGGUGGGGGUGGGGGCUCACACCCGAGGAUGUGCAAAAGACGGAACGGGAAUUAG